AUGGCUGCCUUCCAGAAGGCCUUCUCCGCGAUCGAUACGGACAAUUCCGGUGUGAUUACAAUUAGCCAAUUGAAGACAUACAUGCGGAGGAUGAAUUAUAAGGAGAGUUUUGUGACGACGUGGAUUUCUCUGUUUGACCCCGAAAAUACCGGUCUCAUCACGUACAAGCAAUACUGCGAUGUCCUGGGUCUGAAACCAUCGGAGACGCACCCAGUGGAAACUACGAAACCCAUGAAGCAACCCGUUCCAGGUCAAAGCGCCAAUCUCGAAGCCAGUCCGCCAAAUUCGCCUAGUGACUACAAUGGUCUACAGCCAGAACACCACGAAGCUGAGAACAAUGCGACAAUCGCACCAGUUUGUGUUGAAGGCACAGUGGAUAGUUUCGACGAAACCGAUGGAAGCACUCGACAACAGUCCGCUGAACCCGUCGAGAUGUCUGAAGAACCGAUCCAUUCCAGCGAAGUGCCCCGUGUAGAGAGCAAACCGUCCCACGGCAAAAAGGGGAACACUAAUUCCCUUGAUAUGGUUGAACCGGAAUCGUCAACUGCCAACAAGAGACGCUCCCGACGAAAGAAGAGUUCUUCAAAAUCAGCCGAGAAGGACGAUGUAAGCGAAUCGGCUGGGUUGCUUCGAAAUGACGAGAAACCAGGAGAUGUGGCUCCCUGUGGAAGUGACGAGGUUAUUAGAUCUACAGAGGUCAACCAGCUCGAACAAACUCCGCCACAUCCAGAUCAUCCUCAUCACGACAAUGCGGAAGCUGGUGAGACCAAGCAUCCUCAGAAACCGACUCCGUCGUCUAAACCAGGCAAGACGGCUAGACAGAAGCAGUCAAGUUCUUCUGAAAAAGGUGAGCAAUCCGGCAAAUCUAAGAAGGCGUCUAGAGCAAGACGCAGGACUACCAACUCCUCAACACACGACGAACCGUUCAACCAAACCAAAGAUGUCCAUCACACUGACGGUGGCGAUGAAAAUCAACCUGCGGAUUGUGCAUCAGCUGUUCUGGAUGAAAAUUCGAAUUCAGUUCAUCACGAAACGAUGGAAAUAGCGCCAUGUGAUAAACCGAUCCCAGUCACGGAAAAGGGUUCCAAGAAACCACGGAAGCGAAAUGCGAAGUCCUUUGGAGGCACUGAUGUGUCACCAGCACUGGAAGAUGAGUCUUCCAGGCGUUCUGAAGGAGUUUCACCCAGUUUUUCAAAAACCGCGCCAGCUUGCCAUCCAAAGAACAAGAAGAACAAGGGUGAGAAGAAGAAUGCCAACUCGACGUCUGUGGAAGCCGAAGGUUCGCUACCCCCAGAGGCAAUUGACGGUGUGGAAAUGGAGCCGGCUGCCACUGGUUCAGUUGUUGGAGACGCCGAUCUGGUUGUUGAGGAGACUCUAAUUCAACCAGUUGAAGGCGCUCCAGUUACCGAGGCUGAUGUGGAAUUCACAGACGCAAAAUCUCCCAAGAGACGAAAGACUGGUUCCACGUCUGCCGACUCUGAGUGUGGCAAGAGCGAGUUGAAGGAAUCCGUUGGCAUCGCGCCAUCAGAAACGCUGGAAUCCACGCACAUUCCAGAUGUCUUUGAUUUGCUGAUGGAAUUGAAGGAGGACGACCUAAUGCCCGAUAUCGAGGAGGUUUCUGAACCAGUUGUCGCCUCCACAGCGGAUGAAAUUUCAACAGACAAUAUGGACGUCCACAAGACAAGUCAGGAGGACACGGAGACGAUGCUCGAACCAUCAGCCAACAAUGACGUUGAAAUGACGGUGGUGGAGCCAGUCCUUCAGGAAACAUCCCUUCAGACGCCACCGAAAGAAAAUCCUAAUCAGGUUGAGAUCCCUCCGAUAUCACUGAUCAAUCAACCAGCUGAAUUCACUUGUCCCACCACACAAUCAGAAGAUUUGACCAAAUCAGAAUCAACCACAAUGGACGAGGAGCCUUGUGUCUGCGUUGAAGAGGUCUCAAAGAUGGAAUGUGGAAUGCCUACGUCGCACGUAGAACCGUUAAACAAGGAGCCUUUUAUUGAACCUGUGUUGCAGCCUGUUCAAUCAGCUACUCCAGAUAUUGCAAGUGUUCCAGAUGAACAACCUCUAAAGACUGAAGUAAUUGCGAGAAAGAAGUCUCCGACGAAAAAGGCAUCCACCAAGAAGGAGAAGUCCACGAAAACUCAACCGAAGACCCCUCCUGUGGUUCACCAAACCUGUGAGCAGCAGCUUGAACCCGCAGAAGACCUGCAGGCCACACGGAAACCUCCACAAAAAUCGAAUCGACCCACCAACAAACCUCAGUCUGCAAAAACCGCGGAAGCGUCCAAGAAGCGGAAGACCACGGACACGCAAACGUCCGCGGCAGUCGUAGAGGCGAAAAUUGACGAGAAGGAUUCUCAACGGAGUCAGACGGCGACUGUGGCCACACCCGAUGUGGAAAUGCCACACGCCGUGAACCCACCGAAAGCCCAAGUGCCAAAGAAGGACGUCGCUAAGGAGCAGAAGGCACAAUCUCGACAAACGAAGUCUUCAAACCAAUCACAGAAGCGGAAGGAGGCUCCUAAAUCAUCGUGA